UCUCGAUGGGAACUUUUCUUCAAAGAAAAUGUAGUCCGAUUUAGUUAACACAUCUUGGUCCCUUCGAAGGGAAGAAUACUGCAUUAAAUGGUGUAAUUUUUGGCUGUAAAUCGAGUUGAGAAGUACCAACAAUAGUUAAAGAUGCUCAAGAAUGUCUGGCCCACUUUGGACUACAGAGACUAAAGAAAAAAACAAUUACACCAAACUGUGCAGACUUCUGUUUGAUGGUGGCUCAACAGCUGUGAGGUCAGAGUUUGAUAAGAAAUGUCCGCCAUUAUCAUUGGCAACAGUCCUCACCAAGGAGCAUCCAAAUUUACUGAAACUCAAGAAACCAAUAGGAAGAGUAUUGAACAAUUACCAGUGGAGCAAGUUAUAUCCGGCAGCCCUUGCUGACUCCGGUAAUUUUGACAUUACUCUACUAUUUGUUCUUUUGAGGAAUAUUUGUGGGCUUGUGCCACCAGCUACAGGUUGGGAUGUCUUGCCACCAUCAACAGAUAACAGCCUUGAAGCUAACCUUGUCAGAAUUAAGUAUUACAGAAAUGAAGUUAUUGCUCAUAACUCAAGUGCUGAGGUGGAUGAUGUGGAUUUUAAGAAGUAUUGGAAAGAGAUUUCAGCAGCUCUUGUUUCAUUAGGAUUGCAGCAAUAUGAUAUUGAUGUUUUAAAGACAUCUCCUUCGGGACCUGAUAACUACAACCAGUUACUUAAGGAAUGGCAACAAUCAGAUGAAGAUAUUCAAUCACAGCUGAAACAAAUUGGUGAAGAUACAAGUGAGAGUAGACUUGAUGUGAAGAAGAUCAAACUGGAUGUAUCUGACACUAAGGAAAUCUCUAAAAAUAUUAAAGCAGAUAUUGCUGAGAUUAAACAGAGAUUACCAUAUUGCUCACAACCUGAAAUUGACAAACUUGCCCAACGUGACUUCACCUCCACGGUAUCCAAACUAUGUCAGUCUUAUCAUCCAAAAACUAGAGAAUGGAUUCUAGAUGAAAUUAAGUCACAUGUUGAAACACACAGAGACAACACUAUUGUAUUGCAAGCUGGACCUGGUAUGGGGAAAUCAGUGGUGGCUGGUAAACUGUGCCAAUUCUACAAAGAACAAGGGAAUCUUGGUGCUUGUCAUUUUUUUCACCAUGACAAUUCUUUGCAUAGCAAUCCAAUGUUAAUGUUGCAGUCUGUUGCAAGGCAACUAUGUGAUUCUCUUCCAGGCUAUCAGGCUGCUGUUGAAAAGCAGCUAAAGGCAGAAAAAGAAAUAUCCAAUCUUAACUGUAAAGAACUGUUCACCUUGUUGUUUCAGGAACCAUGCUCAAAACUUCGAUCAGAACACAAUGUAGUGAUUGUUAUAGAUGCUCUUGAUGAAUCACACAAUAGUUAUAAAAGAGAAUUUUUUGGAGUCUUAAAUAAUCUGUCAGACUUGCCAUCCUACCUUCGAUUUAUUCUUACAACAAGACCACCACCCAGUAUUUCAGCUAUCCACAUUGGUACAACACGUGAGAUUAAACCAGAUGAUGGUCAGAAUAAAAAUGAUCUUCACAUGUUUUUAUCUGACAAACUGAGAGAGCAUGGAUACCUUUUAUCAGAUCAGAUUGGGCAAAUCAAUCAUCUUGUAGAUGUUACAAAAGGGCUGUUUUUGGUGGCUUUUUUCGUGAUUGAUUUCUUGAAAGAUGCUAACUGUGCCUCAUUAUCAGAAGCAAUUGAACAUUUCCCCAAGGGAAAGGGUAUCACAUCAGUUUAUGAAAACUACUUCUCAAGACUCAAAGAAGCAAUGAUUCCUCACAUAAAAAGUGAAGAAAGCUUCUUUGAGAUGCUGGAUGCUGUUGUGGCAGCUAAAUAUCCGAUCCAGAAGGACAUUUUUUAUGAAAUAGUUGGUCUUGUUGAUGAGCCCAGGGUUCCAAACAGAGAGAGAAAAGAAGCCAUUCACCUUCUUCACCAGCUGUUUCCUGUAGAGAAUGAUCAUGUGUCAGCAUUUCACAAGACUGUUAUUGAUUGGUUGACCACUGGAGAUCAUGACUUCAGAGUGAAAGGUGAUGGCAGUGGAGUGAUUGCCAAUGCAUGUUAUGAGAUCCUACACAGCAUUAAAGAAGGGUCAAAAAACAUAGAGGAGCCACUCUAUCUAACUGAAAGAGAGAAGCAUGCUUUUACAUUUGGAGGACUGUAUAUGGAUAGUCAAAGUCUUAGUGAAGAUAAAAGAAUUGAAACUCAGACAAGCUGUUUGUUGUUCUGUUUUCGUUUCAUAAGCUAUUGCUUGGACUUUCAUGGCCAAACAGUUUCCUUUAAUUAUAGUCUCCUUUCAAGUGAGAUUGUUUACAUUGAUAAGAAGGAUGUUUAUGAAAUCAUUGGAGGUUACAUUGAUAUUAAAAGGUACCACAAACAACACUGUCAAUUCUACCAUCCAAUUACUCUUUCUAAUUUCCUGGAGACAGUCCUUCAAAGUCUCCAUCUUCAAAGUAUUACAAGUAUGAUACAGCUCAAUCCAAAGCCACUUGAUAUGCUCAAGGAAUAUGGUUUUCCUUAUCAAGAAAGACAAAUUGUCAUGAGCCUGCCAGACAGAGAAUCAUCUGUUCUCCCCUGUGACAAGGGAUUUUUCCUUUUGAAAAAUAGUCAUUUGGGCAAAGAAACACUGGUGCAGAAAUAUCAGUUAGAUGGAACAUUGUUACUUGAGAAGACAUUUGAUGGGAACAAGACAAUGUGCAUGUCUCCUGACAAUCAAUUUAUUAUUGCAUUCCCCAUGUUAGCAAUGGGAGACAUUGAGAUAAUUGAUGCCACUAAUUUACAAUUACUCACUAGAUACAAGGCACCCAACGUCAUUAGGACAUAUCAUGUCUAUGGAAGUCAACCCUGGUACAUUGUGAUAAGAUGUCUUAACAACAAGAUCUAUGUUAUGGAUGGAGAAACUGGAAAGGAAGUUCACCAGCCAGUUGACAUUGAUCAAUGUGAUGAAGUUGAGGCAGUUAGCUGUCAGGGUCACAUGGUUAUAGGUAAAACAUGUCUGCUUUUCCCUGUGCGAGAUGACAUGCACAGAUUAUUCACAAAUGAAGAUGGAACAAUCUUUGAAGAAAUGAUCUGGGGGAACAAAGGCAGUCAUGGAACUCCAGCACAAUGCAGGAAACUUUUCUUGUGCCAUUUCAAUGAGUCACAUGAAUUUAUAAAGAUACCAAUUUAUCCAAGAGUGUGCCUGCCACAGUGUCAGUGCAAAGCAAAUUUAUUUACAUCCCAAGACCAUUUUCAGUAUGAAACAAUAAAGUUUUCUGAUGAUGGACAACUACUAGCAUUUGUGUACAAGAGUGUCUUCACAGUACUUGACACCACUGACUACUCAGAGGUUGCAAGUAUUCAGCAUUACAUCCUUGAUUUAUAUCAUCGUCUUGUCAUUCAUGACAUACUUUUCUUGACAAAGGACUUCAUAGUUUUGAAUGAUUCAGACACCAUCUAUUGCAUUAGCUUGGAGACAAAAGAUGUAGAACGUAUGUUUACAAUAUACCACAAGGACAGUAAUCGUCCACCACUGCAACUCUACAUUGUGCCAGGUUUUGUAGGAGGAGAGAAAGUUUUCCUUUCCAUUACCAAAAAUUUAGAUGUAAGGAAACUGCUAAGUCCAAAUGAAGCAUUGUUUAGAAUGUUUAAUCGUGAGCAUCGAACGGAUGUAAAGGAUGACAGUAUCUGUUAUAUUUACAAACAUUCUAUCUAUGAUUUACAACUGGAGAAAUGAAUGGAUGACUUGACUAAAGUUACAAUAGCAAAAAACAUUAAAUAUCCUAGCUUUAAUCCCUACACAGAAAUCCUGAUCUUAAAUUUUUGAGCAAGUCUUCUACCUUAAAAAAAGAGCUCUUCCAUGUACAGAAGGAUAGCACUUCUGGUAACAACAAUCAUUCUAUAAGGUGAUUUCCACUGUUUUACUAAACUUGUGUAUUAAGUACAUAGCAGUGUAAGUAUAUUCAUUAAUUUUAAUUUUAAUACUUUGUAAUUAUAAUAUAUAAUUCAUGAUAAACAAGUUGUAGUGCAGUCACAUUGAUGACCUUUACAAAUUAGUUUUUGAUGUUUGACAUAUUCCUUGCAAUGUAAAUACCAUAUAAUGGACACAAUAACACAACAUGCAAUGAAUUUAUUAAAAGUAUUUUAUUCA